GCCGGCCGGGGCUCCGCCCCCUGCGGCAGAGCGUGUGGCGUCACUUCCGGUCUCUCUUACUUCCGGCCUCUCUUUCCUUCGGCCUGGGGCGCGAGCUGGUGAGGAGUUGUCGUGUGUCCUGAACUCCUCGGAACCAUGGCGUCCCUUUCCCUUGCACCUGUUAAUAUCUUCAAGGCUGGAGCUGAUGAAGAGAGAGCAGAGACAGCUCGUCUGUCUUCUUUUGUUGGUGCCAUUGCUAUUGGAGACUUGGUAAAGAGCACGUUGGGACCCAAGGGCAUGGACAAAAUUCUGUUAAGCAGUGGACGAGAUGCUUCUCUUAUGGUAACCAAUGAUGGUGCAACUAUUUUAAAAAACAUUGGUGUGGACAAUCCAGCUGCUAAAGUUUUAGUUGUCUUCUGGAGUGCCAUGUACUUACUGAUGGUAAAACUACUGUAUUUCAGGCUGAAAAGUUCAAAGAAUUUGUCAGAUAUGUCAAGGGUUCAAGACGAUGAAGUUGGUGAUGGCACUACCUCUGUUACUGUUUUAGCAGCAGAAUUACUAAGGGAAGCAGAAUCUUUAAUUGCAAAAAAGAUUCAUCCACAGACCAUUAUUGCGGGUUGGAGAGAAGCCACAAAGGCGGCAAGACAGGCUCUGUUGAAUUCUGCAGUCGAUCAUGGUUCUGACGAAGUUAAAUUCCGUCAAGAUUUAAUGAACAUUGCAGGAACAACAUUAUCCUCAAAACUUCUUACUCAUCACAAAGACCACUUUACUAAGUUAGCUGUGGAAGCCGUUCUCAGACUGAAAGGCUCUGGUAAUCUGGAGGCAAUUCAUGUCAUCAAGAAGCUAGGAGGAAGUAUGGUAGAUUCCUAUUUAGAUGAAGGCUUUCUGUUGGAUAAAAAAAUUGGAGUAAAUCAACCAAAGCGAAUUGAAAAUGCUAAAAUUCUUAUUGCAAAUACUGGUAUGGAUACAGACAAAAUUAAGAUAUUUGGUUCCCGGGUAAGAGUUGAUUCUACAGCAAAAGUUGCCGAAAUAGAACAUGCAGAAAAGGAAAAAAUGAAGGAGAAAGUUGAACGUAUUCUUAAGCAUGGGAUAAAUUGCUUUAUUAACAGGCAAUUAAUUUAUAAUUAUCCUGAACAGCUCUUUGGUGCUGCUGGUGUUAUGGCUAUUGAGCAUGCAGAUUUUGCAGGUGUGGAACGCCUCGCUCUUGUCACAGGUGGUGAAAUUGCAUCUACCUUUGACCACCCAGAACUAGUGAAGCUUGGAAGUUGCAAACUUAUUGAGGAAGUCAUGAUUGGAGAAGACAAACUGAUUCACUUUUCUGGGGUAGCCCUUGGUGAGGCUUGCACCAUUGUUCUGCGUGGUGCCACUCAACAAAUUUUAGAUGAAGCAGAAAGAUCUCUGCAUGAUGCUCUUUGUGUUCUUGCCCAAACUGUGAAAGAUUCUAGAACAGUUUAUGGAGGAGGCUGUUCUGAGAUGCUGAUGGCUCAUGCUGUGACACAGCUUGCAAGUAGAACACCAGGCAAAGAAGCCGUUGCAAUGGAGUCUUAUGCUAAAGCACUGAGAAUGUUGCCAACUAUCAUAGCUGACAAUGCAGGCUAUGACAGUGCAGAUCUGGUGGCACAGCUUCGAGCAGCCCAUAGUGAAGGCAAUACAACUGCUGGACUGGAUAUGAAGGAAGGUACCAUUGGAGAUAUGGCAAUGCUGGGUAUAACAGAAAGUUUCCAAGUGAAGCGACAAGUUCUUUUAAGUGCAGCUGAAGCAGCAGAGGUGAUUCUACGUGUGGACAACAUCAUCAAGGCAGCACCAAGGAAACGUGUCCCUGAUCACCUCCCCUGUUAAGCAUUCCCAUAUACUCUUGAGCUCUGGAGCAGUUCAUAGUAAAGUUGUGUUUGAAAGACCUUGACCUCCUGAAAGAAGACUAUAGAAUUGAAGUUUACCUGUGGCUGUUAUAUCCUUAAGAUUUGGACAUUUAACUGACCUUCUAUUUUAACAUGGGUCUAAUUUAUUUGCUAUUUCAUUUUCCAUAAGAUUCAGUUGAUUUAAGAGUUCAUUUCUCAUACUGUGCAUCAAAAUAAAAAUUUGAACAGUUA